GCAGGAAGUCUCGCGAUGGAGGGAGGAGGCGGUGCACCCCCAGAAGUCCUUGAAGAAAAUGAGUCGGGAUGUGUCCCAGCUGCAAGUCACGGAGCCAACGGUUUAAAGAGAAGCAGUUGGGGGUUCUUAUUUACCGGGAUUGUGGGCGGGACGCUGGUGGCCGUGUAUGCCGUGGCCACACCAUUUCUAACGCCAGCCCUCCGAAAAAUUUGUCUGCCUUUUGUACCUGCAACUACGAAGCAGAUUGAAAAUGUUGUGAAAAUGUUGCAUUGCAGAACAGGAUCCCUGGUCGACAUCGGCAGUGGCGACGGGCGCAUUGUGAUAGCAGCUGCAAAAGCAGGAUUCAGAGCCGUUGGUUAUGAAUUAAACCCAUGGCUGGUUUGGUACUCCAGAUACCGUGCUUGGAGAGAAGGGGUGCAGGACUCCGCCAAGUUUUAUAUAUCAGACUUGUGGAAGGUUACUUUCUCGCAGUACUCGAACGUCAUUGUUUUCGGAGUGCCUCAGAUGAUGCUGCAGCUGGAGGAGAAACUCACGCUGGAGCUUAAGGAUGAUGCCAGAGUCAUUGCCUGCCGGUUCCCUUUCCCUCGCUGGACCCCAGACCACGUCACCGGGGAGGGCGUGGACACCGUGUGGGCCUACGACGUGAGCACUGUGAGAGGCAAGAGGCCCUGAAGACCCGUGCGUUUCCAGUCGAUCCUGGAGAUGUAGACGUUAUUGAGCGCGAUUUUCCGAGUGUUGGUGGGCUUCGAUUUUACAGAGACUUCCAGCUGUGUCUUCAGCAAAGAGUGUAUUUUUUCUUCAGUAUGGAAUGAAAAACUAUUACUUUCCUUAACUUCUGCCAAACAAACAGAAGUUAGAACAGCAGGUAGAUUUAAAGUCCAUUUUCAUGUUGUACUUAAAAAAGUGGCCUCCUUCCCUUCCAGGCACUCGGAUGUAUGAAAACGUGGAUGAGUGACUAUCGCGUUCAUGUGCGGGAACGUGUGAACAGCCCUUCCCAUUAUAAAAAAUAUGAUUUAAUGCCACAGAUGAAAAGAAACACUUUUUAAAGAGGGUGUGUGUGUUAGCAAAUAUUUGCGGUUUCCUCUAAGUUUGAUUCAUACUUAAGAUUUAUGGAUUUAUGUCUUUCUUUUCUGUACUUCGUGGUAAAGCUAAUUUUGUAAAGUACGUAGGCCCUCAUAUUUUAUAACAUUUACUAGGAAUAA